CCGAAUUGUCCAAUGAAAUGUAACGUUAUAAAACAGACCGGUCAAGGUUGGGUCUGAUGAAAGUUCCAUAAACCAUACUUCGCAUAUAUCAUCAUCAGCAUGUUGUCUAACAGUAUUUAUCAACCACAGGUUGUUGCUGCAUUGUCACAGUUUUCUUCUUUAUUGAGCUCUGCCAGAACAGGAUCUAGUUCUGGUACCUAUAGAAGAAUAAAUACUCAAAGAACCAACAGAAAGACAAAGCAAAUAGCUAGUCAAGCAGCCAAACAAACAGAUGAAGUUAAAAAGGCAACAAAGGAAUUUGAGAUAGAUAUCAAUGAUGUUGUUGCACUGCCAUCACAGAUCAACAUUCAGGAGUUGUCUCCCCACAUGUCUUUGAUUCAUAAAGGUUGUCAUGUGUCCCAUGUCUCAACUGACACAUUUUUUGAAAACAAAUCGGGAUUAUCAGAAAAAUUUGUAAACAGUGAUGUCCAUCAAGAAGUUCAAAGAAUUUUAAGAACAGAACCUUUUAGAAAACUGCUGAAAACAUGUACAAAUAAUCUCUAUUAUCAGCAAACAAGAGGAUUUAAAACACACAGAUUGAAAACUGUAGGAAUGGGAGGACAGAAAUCAGAAUCUGAAUUAAAUAAAUUUGUGAAUAUAUUGUUUCAAGAUAAAAGUGGACAAAAACCAGUUGAAGGGGAGAAAUUUAAAGCAAUGCAUCAAAAGCAUUCAGGGGACCAUGCAACACAACAAGAAUUAAAAAUAUCUUUUGCUGAUGGUUAUCUUGCAAGAGAUCCUACACACAAGAAGCAUUACUUUGAUAAUGUUAUACAGGGAUUAUUGAAGUCAGCUGUCUAUCUGUUCUGUUUGUAUGUUAUACUCAAACUGGUUGCCAGCAAUUUAAUGGGUAGAGGUUCUGGAGUAGGUGGACUUAGUAUUCUGAAACAGGAACCAUUUGAAAUAGCACCUGAAGAUGUACAUGUUACCUUUGAUGACGUUAAAGGGAUUGAUACAGCUAAAGAUGAGUUGAUGGAGGUUGUUGAUUUUCUUAAAGAUCCUGAUAAAUAUACAGUGUUAGGGGCCAAACUCCCAAAAGGUGUUUUAUUGGUAGGACCACCAGGAAUUGGUAAAACUUUGUUAGCCAGAGCAGUAGCAGGUGAAGCAGGAGUGCCAUUCUUUCAGUGCUCUGGAUCUGAAUUUGAUGAAAUGUUUGUUGGUCUAGGUGCAAAAAGAAUCAGAGACUUGUUCAGACAAGCCAAAGAAAAGGGAACCUGUGUGAUAUUCAUUGAUGAAAUAGAUAGUGUAGGUGCUAAGAGAACAAGUUCUGAGUUACAUCCUUAUGCUAAUCAGACUAUUAACCAACUCCUGGCUGAGAUGGAUGGGUUUGCACAGAAUGAAAAUAUCAUAGUAUUGGGAGCAACAAAUAGAAUUGACCAUCUAGACAAGGCAUUACGGAGAAAGGGUAGAUUUGAUGUUGAAGUAAGAGUUUUCCCUCCAGAUCUGAAAGGAAGAAGAGAUAUCUUAAAUCUGUACCUUGGUAAAGUUAAAGCUGACAAAAAUAUAAAAGUAGAAGAUAUAGCCAAGGGAACAACAGGUUUUAAUGGUGCUGACAUACAGGACUUGGUAAACCAAGCAGCUUUAAAAGCAGCCAUGGAAGGAGAAGAUAUGGUCUAUGAAAAACACUUAUACUGGGCCAGGGAUAAAGUUUUGAUGGGACCUGAAAACAAAAAUAAGAUACCAGAUGAGAAUACCAAUUGGAAUACAGCUUAUCAUGAAGCAGGACAUACCAUUGUUGCAUAUUUUACUAAAGAGGCCACAGCCCUUCACCAAGUAACAAUCAGAGCCAGAGGUGUUUCUCUAGGUCACACCUCCUUCAUCCCUGAGACAGAGGAAUACAAUCAGACCAAGGCAAAACUUUCAGCAGAAAUGGAUGUAGCAAUGGGAGGAAGAGUGGCUGAGGAAAUCAUCUUUGGAAGUGAUCAUGUCACAACAGGUGCAAGCAGUGACUUUCAGAGUGCUUCAAGGAUAGCAACAGCAAUGGUGACAAAGUUGGGAAUGUCAGAUAAGAUUGGAGUUCGUGUGUUUGACAUCCAGCAACAAGAUGGCGGGCUUGGCUUUAUAAUGGUGAAUCAAUACAGUGAAGCUGUGACGAAAGAAAUAGAUUCAGAAAUAAAACGUCUUCUUCAGGAAUCUUAUGACAGAGCUAAGAAGAUUUUGACAAACCACUCAGAACAACAUAAAGAACUUGCCAAAAUGUUAAUGAAAUAUGAAACAUUAAACAAAGAGGAAAUUAAACUUGUGAUGGACGGCAAACCACUCAACAAAAAAGUUUUCAGUUGAUAUUAGUUAUGCAGCAUAAUUUUAUAUAAAAAAAUUCUGGUCAUUGUGAUUUCUUGAUUUGGUAGUUCUUAAACAACAGGAACUCCAGUGUACAUUACCAUUCAGAAAAUUUGGUGUCAGAACACUAUUUUAUAGUUUUGAGGGUCUGAACUAGCAUUUUAAUGAACUUUAUGGUUGUUUUAUUUUCUGAGAAGACAAGAUAAAUGUAACUCAGGGAUACUUAUGUAUAACAGUAGAGUUAUGUGUUAUCAUGGUGUGGCUAUUUGUCUUCAUCAUUGUUGUAAAAUACCUUUUAGGUGUUCGGUUAAAUAUUGCUUACCCCAACAGGACAAAUAAAGUUUACAUGCAUUUUAUCAUUUCACACUUAUUGAACUUCUCAUUUUAUUUUUAACAUGCACUCUGUAUAUGUGUACAGCUUUAUAACCACAUUUAAAUUUUUUGUAUCUACUUGCCACUACUAAAAACUGAUAGAAGACACAUUGUAGCAGAAGAUAUUUCCACCUUUAUACCUAUAAGAAAACUGAUACAAACAGCCUUAUUGUAUAAUUUUUAUAGAGUUUUUUUAAGAAUGUAUAAAAAUUGAUAAAUAAUAUGAUAUGAAAUACCAAGACAUGAUUCUUAUAUUCAUGUUAAGAAUAUCGUUUUAAAUAUCUGUUCAAUUAAAAAAGAUUCAUUUGUAUUCAGUCUUGAUUUUUUUUAACUUUUUCAGUCGAUAUUAAUUUAUGAGUAAAUCUAUCUUGAUAACAACAGCAACAGCCCUAUUGUUGAUCUUAUUGAAUGUUAAGUCUAAAGAAAUAACACACAAUAUAUGUUAAGUACAUUACUGAUCAACUCAUCAAUAGAUGACAAAAGGAACACCUGUAUUGAAAAUUGAAAUCUUGUCAAGUGAGAAAUCAAAGUUUGGCUAAUGUAAACUUUUUAUACUUUUUAUUAUUUUAUUUUGAACCCCUUUCUCAUGUCUCAUAAAAAUGUUUUUAUGUUUUAUGAUGCUGAUUAAGUUUUACCUAAAAGGUACCUUUUAUAUAUUACUAUACUUUAGUUAUCUAUUUCGAUUGUAUGCUGAAAGAGUGAUAUAUGUUCUAAUAAUAGUAGGGAAUGUAUUGUUAUCCGAAUGUUUUUAUCUUAAGAAUUGAAAUUGUGUAUCCAUUCAUUUAUUUAUAGGUCAGAUGCAAUGUUUUUUAGCGAGUUAUGUAUAAAAUUUCAAAAGGUGUUUUGGUCAACAAAUAUUGCUUUUUACUUGUAUAUAGUAAGAAUGAAUGGUUUGCAGAUAAAACAACAUUGCUGAUUCCCCCCAAUAAAAUCACAUAUUCUACAUUAUGUCAUUUUAUAGUUGCUAUUGUGUCCAAAUGUAAAAUAUUUCACAUGAUAUUUCACAAUGUAUUUUUGUCAAGCAUUGCAAAGCUGGUAUUAAUUGGAAAAUGAGAGAUUUGAGGAUUUUGUGCACUAUCUAGUUAUCAGGGGGUUCCAUUUACACGUAUGAUUAAUAAAAUGAUAUAUUAUUAGGAUAUUUGUUAGACCAGGCAGUGUUUUUGUUGACAAUAAAAUCAUUUUUCAUAAUAUAA